GGCUCCGGCAGCGCAGCACCUCCCCUCCCCAGAUGCCCUCCUGCCAUUGGUCAGCGCCUCCCGCCAGUCAAAGGCGAUCCCACCGUCUAUUGGUCACCCUGCCUGGCUCUGGCGUUCCGCCCGCCUCCUGCGGGCUCUGGCGGCCGCUGAUUGGUGGCGGCGGGAGCGGCUCCCCCCGGCUGGGCCGCGGUCGGUGCCUGGCAGCCAGAGGCUCGGCGCCGCCAUCGCCAUGGGCACCCGCGACGAUGAGUACGAUUACCUCUUCAAAGUCGUGUUGAUUGGAGACUCUGGAGUUGGGAAGAGUAAUCUCCUGUCACGCUUCACACGGAAUGAGUUCAAUCUGGAGAGUAAGAGCACCAUUGGGGUGGAAUUUGCCACCAGGAGCAUCCAGGUGGAUGGGAAGACGAUAAAAGCCCAGAUUUGGGACACAGCUGGGCAGGAACGGUACCGAGCCAUCACCUCAGCGUAUUACCGUGGUGCUGUGGGGGCUCUUCUGGUCUAUGACAUUGCCAAACAUCUCACCUAUGAGAAUGUGGAACGUUGGCUGAAGGAGCUCAGGGAUCAUGCAGACAACAACAUUGUCAUCAUGCUGGUGGGCAACAAGAGCGACCUCCGCCACCUCCGAGCUGUGCCCACGGAUGAGGCCAGAGCCUUUGCAGAAAAAAAUAACUUAUCUUUUAUUGAAACUUCUGCUCUGGAUUCAACAAAUGUAGAAGAAGCCUUCAAGAACAUCCUUACAGAAAUCUACCGCAUCGUUUCGCAGAAGCAGAUUGCAGACAGGUCUGCACAUGAUGAGUCCCCUGGCAACAACGUUGUGGACAUCAGUGUCCCACCAACCACGGAUGGACAGAAAUCCAACAAACUCCAGUGCUGUCAGAACCUGUGACCUGUAGAUUACUCUUGUGCCCUUCACUUCCUCUGUGCUUCAUUUAGAAACUUGUGUGCACUUCUUAUCUCCUGUGAUUCGGUGACUCCCUUCUCCCUCCUUUACCCCAUUCCAAGUCCCCUCCCAGUUCAUCUUAGAGCUUUCAUUGUAGGGCUAACAUUCCCCUGCCUCAAAUCCCCUUCAAUGUGGUGACUUUUGGGCUUGAAAUGUAGGCACUGAUCUGAUAGACAUGUUUUUGUUGGAAUAUCUGCUGCUGGAUAUUAUCCCAUGAAACACUCUUCUCAAGUGGUUUGUUGUUCUUUUUUUUUGUUUGUUUGGUUUUUUUGUUUUUUGUUUUUUUUUUUUUCUGGGAGAGAAACCAUGGGGACUUGACUCUAAGUUAAGAAUUACAUUUAGGUGACAUUUUUCCUCCCAUAGUCAGAUUUUUUUUUUUCUCUUCUGUUUCUGUAAACAUGGGGGGGAAAUUAAAAGAAAAUAGCUGUCCUACCAAAUGCUCUGUUUUCUGUCCUGAUGAAGUCUCACAGUGAGGUUUUCCAUGGCUGCACACAUAAGAAAGCUGUUGAAAAUAACAUUACUUAUUAUGUAACUACCCCAAAUACAGUUAGUCUGGCUGUGUAGUUUACCAUUUCCUGCUUGGGAAAUCUUUCUCUAUUUUUGUUUUAUUUGGGAACAAUGAAGUACAUCUGUGUUGCUUUCUCUGCCACCAUGAAUGCUGCUUGUGCAGGCUUUAUGAGGUGGCUUCAUAUUUAUUCAUGGCUUCUGUUAAUCAGUUAACAUUAUUGUACAGUAAGUGCCAGCAUAUUGAUUUCAGAAACCUUUUGCAACCUGUGCAAGUAGGCUUAUUUUGUACUGUAGGUCAGUGUCUGAAAGCAAGAUCUUCUGUAGUUUCAAGGAUUUUUUGCAUGCUGCUUUUUCUCUAGAUCUCUCCUCCCCCCUGUUUGAGUGAGUGAAGCAAUAUUUUCAUGUCAUGUAUAUACCUGCACUCGUAGGGAUUUUGGUUGUUGUAGAGAAACACAAUACUUGAUACGUUUUGUAAAAUUUCUGCAGCCCCACAGCAUCCUGAACUUCAUUUCACUCUUGACCUUGUGCAUAAUCUUCUUGAUCUCUACUAAAAUGCAUAAUAUUAAGGUUUCACAUAAUAACUACUAAUGGUUUCCUCUGUUUUACUGAACUGCAGACUGUAAUUCUCAAAUGAUUGUACUUCACCUGAUGUAACAGGCUUGUCAUCAGCAGGGCUAACUACCUACUAUCCUCCUUCUGUUUUGCUGAAUGGGAAGAAUGUUACCACAACUUUGUGUAGUCUGUCUUUUGCUAGCUUGUGAAAAUCUCUGAUGGCUUUUCAUCAUUUAAUAGCUCUGACACACUUGCACCCCCUCCAGUAUAUGCUGAAUGUUCUGAUGAGGCCAAUACUGGGUGAAACUGUCUGAAGGAAGAGUUGGAGCCCACCUGCUGCUCUCUGAAGGCAAGUGGAGCAAUUUGCAGUGAAUUUUUGCUCUGUAUUCUGUACCUCACUCAGUGAAUCUCCACCUGCACCAUUAGUGAGUUGAUUUUUCUUUUCUGAUACAAAGCAAACAUGAAACUGUGAGUUGUGCUUGAAGGGUGAAGCUGACAUUCCAGUCUCCACUGUUCUGUCUGGUUGUGUAAUAAAAUUAAGGGCGGUUAAC